GCACUGACACUGCAAAAGUACCAUGAAAGCUUCGCUAUUGUUCCUUGCUCUCGCAGCCUUUGCUGCUGCCGACAAAAUCCCCGAUUUCGUCGUGCCGGGAAAAUGUCCCCUUGUUGACGAGAGAAGCCUCUAUGAGCAGCAAAGGCCUAAUCAUCCCAAGUAUGCUGGUUUGUGGUAUCAAAUAGCCCUCACAAACAACCCUUACCAACUUAUCCACCAGUGUGUCCGAAACGAAUAUACCUUAGAUGGAACCAAGUUCAACGUCAGGUCCACUGGUAUUGAUGCCAAAGGAAACCGAAUGACACGUAAGGGUCAGGUUCUGCCAAAUCCUUUCGGAGAACCUCAUCUUUCUGUGGACUACGAAGGAUCCUGGAUGGCUCCCUAUGUGAUUCUGGACACUGACUACGAGAACUUCUCGUGCAUCUAUAGCUGUUCCGGAUACAACUUCGGCUAUUAUUCCGACUUCGCCUUCAUCUUCUCCCGCUCACCAAGUCUAGCUGACAGUUAUUACAGGCGUUGUGAAGCCGCUUUCAUGAACAUCGGUGUUGACCCCUCUCGAUUCACGAAGACAACCCAGGGUUCAUCUUGCCCAUACAGCAGCCACAUGUCUUGGUAAAAUGUCAGUAAAUUGCUCUUUUAUGGCUAGAUACCAUAUGUCACGAAAUAAAAUCAACAAUUAAA